AGAAAGACGGAAUGCAACCCGAAUGAAGCUGACAAGGACACAGAAGGAAGACAUCUCAUGUAGAUCCCUUCCUUGACAGAGAAGAAAUGCAAAGGAGUGUGUGAACAAAGUGGAAAAGAAGAAAAGGAGAAGGAGUUGGAGACCAACAGGAGGUCAAGCUUGCUGGGGUUUGACUGACAUGGGGCAGAAGAGGAGGAGGAGGAACAGCAGCAUGAGCGCUAGUUGAUGGAUUUGAUUUGCGAGGAGUAUUUUUAGAAGGAGAGGAGACAUGAGGGGAAUAUUGAGAUCGGAGAUGCUGUUGUUCAGUAUUGGAGAAAAAAUCUCAGCGGGAAGCAAAGAGGGAAGGAAGCAGGGUGAGAGACGUUAAGAUCAGAGAGUAACACAGCGGAUUAUCUCCCAUACGGUUUCCCGCUGGAAAUCGCCGUGAGUGUAUGUCCGUGCAUGUGCAUGAGUGCCCCAUUGUCCGGGUGAAAGUGUGUUCAUCACUGUGGCAGUGGGAGCAAGGAGAUGGAACUACCCCAUGGUUACCCCCAGGACCUCCUAGCAAUGGUUAAAGUCUGACAUGUGCAAGGGGUAGAAUGGACAAGAGAGGCAGAGACUGGCUGAUAGUGAAAGACAUCUGUCCGAGUACAAACACAAGUACAAAAGGCAGUUGUGUAUUCACUUAAAGCUCAAACUUACUUGUGACAGUAAACUGACAGCUGCCUCUAUAAGACAAUGAAGCCAAAAUAUUUGCACAUAUCUGAGGAAAAGAGAAACCACUACACUGGAACAAGGCAUCAACCAGUUCCUACUGCUGUCAUCUCAUUAUUUUAAUUACCUUCACUUCAUCAUUUUUUUUUCUGUGCUUAGCUCGUGGUAUUUUGUAUUCUAUCCGAUUCUCUCCGUAUCUCCUCCGCCUCCCUUUGCCUCUCGCUCUCUCUGUCUCAUCCUCUCGUGUUCGCUGUCACAGUAACUGCAGUGGAUGCUAGAAUCACUCAUGUAGAAGCCACCUUGCUUGGAGCACAUUUGCCUCACUGAUUCUUUUUUUUUAUUCCUGCUGAGUUGGAAGAUUGGAACACACUCAAACUGAGACAGAAGAGUGAGAGAGUACAGCAGAGAUGGCCAACAAGUAGUUGCCACUCACUUGUGCCCACCACGAGAAGAAUUCAUUCCGAAGGAUAGUCAUUACGAGUAUUUUCACUUGUGCAGACUGUGUAUUUAUAGUUGGGUUUACAUGUUGUUAAUAUUCAUAAGGACAAACACAUAUCUCUGGGGUGGAUUACAGCAGUGGAUUUCUUGCUACCCUGUUGCUACAUGUGGGCCCGAGCUCCAGAGGCCUGGCUGGGAAAUGAAGCCUUUCCCACAGCUGUAGGAGCACUGUGGGCAGUCAUGGCCCUGAAGGGGCGCUGUCUCCGGCGGGGAUCUCCAGCCAUAAUCAGGAAAGGCCGCAAGCGCCGUCCAACAAUGCCAGCUCUGGCACGGGUCACUUCCACUCUUUUGUCAAGGACACGCCUGCAUGGCCUGAGGCAUGUGUGCAUCCCUGGUGGCUCCGUGGGCCACAGGGCUUUCUGGCUGUUGGCUUUCUGCACCUCCCUGGGGUUGCUUUUAUCCUGGUCCUCCAAUCGUCUACUGCAUUGGCUUUCUUUCCCCACAUACACUCGGGUCCACACAGAGUGGGCAAAGGAACUGGCCUUUCCGGCUGUCACUAUCUGUAACAAUAAUCCUAUCCGCCUCUACAAACUCACAAAGAGUGACCUGUACUUUGCUGGCCACUGGCUGGGCCUGCUGCUGGCUAACCGCACAGUGAGGCCUUUGGUUCUGGACUUGCUUCAGGAAGAUCGUCGGGCCUGGUUCAGGAAGCUGUCAGACUUCAAGCUUUUUCUACCACCUAGAAAAUUUGAGGGAACCAACUUGGAGUUUAUGGACAGACUCAGCCACCAACUGGACGACAUGUUGCUGUCAUGCAAAUAUCGAGGAGAACCCUGUGGCGCUCACAACUUCUCUUCUGUUUUCACCAGGUAUGGGAAGUGCUACAUGUUUAACGCUGCAGAGGAGGGGAAGACGCUCCGCACCACCAUGAAGGGAGGGGCGGGAAACGGCCUAGAGAUCAUGCUGGACAUUCAGCAGGACGAGUAUCUGCCGGUGUGGGGUGACACAGAGGACACAGCCUUCGAGGCAGGUGUGCGGGUGCAGAUCCACAGCCAGGCUGAGCCUCCAUUUGUCCACGAGCUGGGCUUUGGCGUUGCCCCUGGCUUCCAGACGUUUGUAGCCACACAAGAGCAGAGGCUCACCUACCUGCCUCCCCCGUGGGGAGAGUGUGAGUCAAAGGCUUUGGAGUCUGGCUUUUUUCAGGCCUACAGUGUGACCGCCUGCAGGAUUGACUGUGAAACGCGUUACAUCGUGGAGAACUGCAACUGCAGGAUGGUGCACAUGCCUGGUGAUGCUUCAUACUGCACCCCUGAGCAAUACAAGGACUGUGCUGAGCCUGCCCUUGCAAAACUGUCGACGGUGGACAGCAGUAAUUGCAUGUGUAGGACACCGUGCAACACAACACGCUACAACAAAGAGCUCUCCAUGGUCAAAAUCCCAAGCAAGACCUCAGCCCGCUACCUGCAGAAGAAGUUCAACAAGUCGGAAAAGUACAUUGCGGACAACAUCUUGGUGUUGGAUGUGUUCUUUGAGGCUCUGAAUUAUGAGACUAUUGAGCAGAAGAAGGCCUAUGAAGUUGCAGGAUUGCUGGGUGAUAUUGGAGGUCAGAUGGGUCUUUUCAUUGGCGCCAGCAUCCUCACCAUCCUUGAGCUGUUUGACUACGCUUAUGAGGUGGUGAAAGAGAGAAUACUAGAUUUACUGAGCAGAGAGGAGGAAGACGAAAGUCAUGCUGAGGAUGUGAGUUCCUGUGACCCAGUGGCAAACCACUCAGAGUCAAUCAGCCACACUGUGACAGUCCCACUUCAGACCACACUGGGCACGCUGGAGGAGAUUGCCUGCUGAGGCUCCUCUGGGAUUUUUUCCCCCUUCACAGCCAUCCAGAAGCUCCCACCACUGGGUGGCACCACAUUCCCUGUCGGUGCAUCUGUGUGGGAUCCUAAUAGGGGACAGAAGGACACAAACAGCACUUGGUAUGAGGAUGGCACUUGUUCUGUCACAUUACCUGCUUGGUGGCACUAAUCAGGAUUAAGGAGCCAUCGACCGGACCCAUUGGCUCUCUCCAUCACUCUGACCUGUACUCCAGUGGGAGUGUUUGUUCUGUCAAAACUGCGCAGGGGUCUGUGUCCAUACACAGACCUGCACAGAGAAACUGGACCGUAAUCAUCUCCUUCUGUAGGACGACUUCGUAUCACACGACAUAUUUUGCUCACUGCCAAAUGAAGUGUACAGAUUUGGGAUUUUAGCUGUGCAAACUGCAUGUGUCUCUCUCUCUUUUCGCUGGACUGCAGUGUCGCUUUGCUGUGCUCUGUGCCAUUUUGUGUCUGUCUGCAGGACCAGCCUGGUGGCACACCCAACACCGAAUAUACAGACGGUGUCUAAAAUCGUAAUCCGAAUGUGACUGAAAUCAUUUACAAUUAAAUGUCUUUGAGGGGUAAAAAGG